AUGGCGCUUGUCAAGCUACUGUUUGUCACCGCCACGAUCUGGCUUACACAGAUUUCUCCGAUCAGGUCUUCAUAUAAUAGAGCAUCGGUGUGCGGUACCCUCCCUCUCUUCCCGAGAGUCGGGCGUGUGUAUUCCAUGACAUCUCCUAACUACCCGAGUUCCUACUACAAUAACGCCAACUGUCGGCGGGUGAUCAACGCCCCCAGUGGCUACGUGGUGAAGGUGACUGUCCGGAACGCCAUGAUGGAGCAAGGACAUGACUACGUCCAGCUGUUUGACGGUCCGUCGGAGGCACGUCCUAGUCUAGCCAGGUUUUCAUCCAUGCCCUCACCUACAGUCUACUACACCUCUGGGCAGAGCAUGUACAUCAAGUUUUUCACCGACAGAUCUGUUGUAUCUUCGGGUUUUAGAUUGACUUAUGAAGUCGUUCGUCAACUGUCCGUCCCAUCAUCCGUUUGCUCUGUCAACCCUCCAACUCUCUUUGCCAAUCCUCGUCAAGUCGGCUUCUUGACGUCUCCUAACUACCCGUCUCAAUACGGCAACAACAUCAACUGUCGGCGGGUAAUUGCAGCUCCUGCUGGUUAUGUCAUCAAGGUCACCAUCUUGAACCUCAGCUUGGAGUUAAACUACGACUACGUCGACCUUCUUGACGGUAUUUCGGAUUCCUGCUCCCGACUGGGCAGGUUCUAUUCCAUGCCUUCAGUGAGAGUCUACUUCAGCUCUGGACGCUACAUGUCCAUCAGGUUUUUCACAGAUGGGUCUGUAACGAAUUCUGGCUUCAGGCUCAAGUAUAAGGCCAUUCCCGCAUCUGGUUCACGUGGAUAACGGCAGGGCGUCAACUGUGAUCUGAUUGGUCGAUAACGCACGUGACAUUUUGACAAUCCAUUACCCUUCUAUGACCGUAUUCGUCUGGCAAACAGUUUCUGUUGGAGUUUCGAGAAUAAUAAAGAGCUUACUGCA